UUUUUUUCAAAAAUUUUUGUCUUUUCAUUAGUUUGUGAAAUUGAUUGAUCAAACAAACAAAACAAAAAUGUUUAUGACAAGAUCCGAAUAUGAUCGUGGUGUCAACACUUUUUCACCUGAAGGUCGUCUAUUCCAAGUGGAAUAUGCUAUCGAAGCUAUAAAGCUUGGAUCGACAGCCAUUGCUGUCAAAUGUACUGAUGGUGUUAUAUUGGCUGUCGAGAAACGUAUCACUUCACCAUUGAUGGAUGUAUCGGCAACGGAAAAAAUUUCCGAAAUUGAAAAUCAUAUUGCCUGUGCUUGUUCGGGAUUGAUGGCCGAUGCCCGUACAAUGGUGGAUCGUGCACGUGUUGAAACACAACAACAUUGGUUUCUUUAUAAUGAAAAAAUGUCCGUUGAAAGCUGUACACAAGCUGUAGCCAAUUUGGCUAUUCAAUUUGGCGAUAGUGAUAGUGAAGGCAGUGCUAUGAGUCGUCCAUUUGGAUUGGCCAUUCUAUUUGCCGGUUUUGAUGAAAAUGGACCAUCAUUAUAUUUUAUGGAUCCAUCUGGUACAUAUGUAUCAUGUGAAGCAAAAGCUAUCGGUUCAGGUUGUGAAGGUGCACAACAAGCAUUACAAGAAAUCUAUAAUAAAUCAAUGACAAUCGAUGAGGCUAUCAAAUCGGUAAUGAAAAUUCUUAAACAAGUAAUGGAAGAAAAACUUAGUUCCACAAAUGUUGAGGUGGCCAAAGUGACUCGUGAACAUGGUUAUCAUAUGUUGACCAAAGAUGAAUUGCAAGCAUUUUUGUCAUGAUGAUGAUGAAAUUAUUUUCAAUACUACUUUUUCUACCAUCCAAUUUGAUGAUUUAUAAAUGAAUAAAAGA